UCUGAGGAGGUGGCUCCUCCCCUCCAGCAGAGCUUCAUGAUCCCCAAAAAGGAGAUAAACAUGGUUUCCGACAUGGCCAAGUGGAAACGCUCUCAGGCAUACGCAGAUUACAUGGGCUUCAUCCUCACUCUGAAUGAAGGUGUCAGGGGCAAGAAGCUGACCUGCGAAUACAAAGUUUCAGAGCCCAUUGAGAAGCUGGUGGCUCUUCUGAACACCCUUGACAGAUGGAUCGAUGAAACCCCGCCAGUGGAUCAACCUUCUCGCUUUGGGAACAAAGCCUUCAGGACCUGGUACGCCAAAUUAGACCAGGAAGCAGAAAAGUUGGUGGCAACAGUGAUCCCCAAGCAUUUGGCUGACACUGCACCAGAAGUGGCCGUGUACCUGAAGGAGUCUGUGGGGAACUCCACUCGCAUUGACUAUGGCACAGGGCACGAAGCUGCAUUUGCAGCUUUUCUCUGCUGCCUCUGCAAAAUCGGUGUGCUCAGAGUGGAUGACCAGAUGGCCAUUGUCUUUAAAGUAUUUAACAGGUACCUAGAAGUGAUGCGAAAACUUCAGAAGACCUACAGGAUGGAACCUGCUGGCAGCCAGGGCGUGUGGGGCUUGGAUGACUUCCAAUUUCUACCUUUCAUAUGGGGCAGUUCCCAGCUGAUAGACCAUCCAAAUCUGGAGCCUCGACACUUUGUUGAUGAGAAGGUGGUAAACGAAAACCAUAAGGACUUCAUGUUCCUGGAGUGCAUCCUCUUCAUUACAGAGGUAAGGACUGGAGG